AUGACAACCUCAGAUCUCGACCAGCUGGUCAUGAUGGGUUUUGAUAAAGAACGAAGCGAAUACGCACUCAAGAAGUCCGGAGGCUUGGCAGACGCCAUUGACUGGCUGGACGCGAACUCGGAAAAGUCUCUGGACGAUAUCAAGGCAGAAGCACAAGCUCAGACCGCCGCCGAGGCCGCUGAAGCCGAAGAACAGGCCAAGAGUCUGGUCUGCAAUGAGUGUGGCAAGAAAUUUCGAGGAACUGCUCAGGCCGAGUUCCACGCCUCCAAAUCCGGUCACACUGAUUUCGCCGAAUCUACCGAAGAGAUCGCCCCUCUGACCGAAGAAGAGAAAAAGGCCAAAUUGAAUGAAUUGCGAGAAAAGUUGGCAGCCAAGAGAGGACUGCAGGCCGAGCAAGACAAGGUCGAUCAAAAAAGAAAUGAACAGAUCAAUCGCAAGAAGACCAAGGAAACCGAAGACAUGAAAGAGCAGCUCAAAGUGCGGGAACAGAUCAAAGAUGCGGAGAAGAAGAGGCGGGAGAAGCAAGCCGACAUUGAUGCGAAGAAGCGGAUACAGGCCAAGAUUGCCGCCGACAAAGAAGAACGACGACUCAAGGCCGAGCGGGAAAAGGCAGAAAGAGCGGGCGCAGCACCGCCAGCGGCAGCACCAGCGGCGGCGUCAACUUCGAAACCCGCGUCGGAGUACAAGGAGACCCGACUAAGACUGCAAACCGACGGUGGCAACAUCAUGAAGACCUUUCCAGUGGAAACGACGUUGUUUGAAGUGGCAGCAGCAGUGGGAGACGAGACGGGACGAGAUGUGGAGAGCUUCACGCAGAACUUCCCGCGGAAGGUAUUCAACCAAGAGUUUUUUGGAGAGACGUUGAAGGAUCUGAAGCUGGUACCUAGUGCCAGCCUGAUUGUCAAGUAG